AUGGAUAUAGAUCAACCAGAUGCACACUCACAUGUGGGUAUAUUGCCGGAUAAGUUGCCAACAUCAUUGGCAUGGCAUCUACAUAGUAAUAUCAUGUCGCCCGUGGUUGAUCAGGGAGAUACGCUUAUCUGUUGGGCAUUGGCGACUUUAAGUGGGAUCGAGGCAUGGAGUCACCUUAAAUACGGUGAGAGUUCCAAAUUAUCAGUGCAAGAGCUUUUAAACUGCAAAGAGCCGAAGAUGUAUGGUCGCGAAGAUGUGGAUAUACAUAAGUUUUACACAGGUUCAAUUUUAGACGCAUUCAAUUGGAUUGAAAGUAAAGGAAUCCAGUUACAAAAAGACUACGAGUGGGAGGGAGUACUUGGUGAAUGUAAACCAAAGCAAAUGAAAUGGAAUGGAAUCGAUCUAGAUGGCCACAAAACUGUUUCGAUAGAUGAGGAAAGCAUGCUGAUUGCUCUCAAUAAAGGCCCAGUCGUCGGUGCAGUUCUGUUCGAUAGAUCUAUAGAUGAAUGUGGAAAGGAGACGCGGCGGCGGAUUGGCGGAUUUGGGGGAAUUGCACGGUAUUCCAGUGCUCCUCAAGGAUACGAUCGGGACGCGCGAUUAGCUCAACAACACCGCCGGUUCCUACGCUCUGCUCGGAUCGAAGGUGCAGCGCGACGCUGCGGUGGUGGAGCGGCGCCUUGAUUUUAGGUAAGGCGAGCUUGAGUGAGUGGAAUAGGUUCCGUUCUCUCAGUGGAGUUCCCAAUGGCUGGUGUGCUCGCUCCGGACAAGGAGUGAAUCCGUAUCUGUCAUCUGGGACUCCAUGUGGAUCGAGCAGUGGAUCUGCAAUAUCAUGGUGUGUGUUUCCCUCGGGAGUGAGACUCACAGCUCCAUCAUCUGUCCCUCGGUUAACAGCUCGGUCGUGGGGAUCAAGCCAACUGUUGGCCUCACGAGCCGAGCAGAUGACACCCCGUUGGGAGGCAUCCAAGUACAUCCCUGAAGGCGGCUUCUUAAUGAAGAUGCUCUGAAAGGAAAGAGGCUCGGUAUAAUUAGGCAUCCCUUCAUGGAGAAAAUACAUGGUACUGCUGAAUCUGAAGCUUUUGAGCUUCAUAUAGAUACACUGAGGUGAAUUUUCAUAUCAACUCUAAUAUUGAAUCUGAUGAGCUAAAGGAAGUAGGAAGUUUAGUUUGUUUGAUGUUGUUUUGAGAGGUGCACAAAUAAUUGACAACUUGAAGAUAGAUCAAAUAGAGACGAUUCCUGAUCCAAAUCAAAGUGGUGAGAUCUCAAUAAUCAUGGCGGCUGAGUUCAAGGCACACAUACACGUUUACCUGAAAGAAUUGGAUGAUUCUCCUGUGCGUUCUUUAGCAGAUAUCAUCGCCUUCAACGAGAAUAAUCCGGAGUUGGUACGUAUUUGCACUUCUAGUUUUCAAAUCCAUUACUUGGACCUAUAUAUAUUGCUCCUACUAUAAUCUAGAGCUAUGUGUGAAGUUUAUAUUGCUCCUACUAUAAUCUACGAGAGAGACGGGAUGCCGUUUGGGAUAUGCUUCAGAGGAUUGAAAGGCAGCGAAGCAAAGCUGAUAGAGAUUUCGUAUGGGUUUGAGCAAGUUACAAAAGUUCGAAAACCUCCUUCUCUUGGCUGAAUCGUUCUGAAUGUUGUAAGUUUUUAAAUUUGUUAUUAACUGAUGUGUUAUGACAGGCUUCUUAGUUGUUCAGACUUUAGAAUUUAAUAUAUGUACUAUUGUAUUGGUGUUGCUAGUAGCUAGUUCUAUCAUCGUUUUUUACACAUUUUCGAGAUUUAUGUUUAAAAUGGUUAUUGUUAUGGCUUCA